AUGCCCCGUGCCCCCCUCGUGCCCCCUCCCAUGCCUCCAACACCUCUUCCUUUACCUGUCUUCCCCUCCCAUGCCCCCUCGCCCCUCCCGAGUCCCACGCCCCCUCACCUCCAGCCCGGCCCCCGGCGCCGCGAAGGUCGCCCCCUCGCCACCGCCGCCUCCGCCGUGCAGGGGCUGAGUACAAGCGUCGGGGCUGACGCGCGCUGUUCUGCACUUAGCGAGGCGAGAGUUAACGAGGAACGCUUCCCCGGCCUGCGGCGGCUAGCGGCAGCCGCGGCUCCUAGGCGGCGGCCGCGGCGGCGGCUUGUGGCGAGACAGGUGAGCAUCGGGGAUGUGCUGUGGCCGCCGUGGGAGCCGCCUCGGGCCCGGCCUCGGUCACGACAUUGCCCACCCCGCUCACUGCUCCCAGCCCGCCCCGGCCGCCUCGUGUCGCUCCCAGGCUCGCCCCGCGCCGGGCUGCUGCGGGUCAGGCUCAGGCCGGCCCGGCGUGAUGAACCCUGCAUCCUGCACCGCUGCAGUGCUGGGCCGCUGCACCGCCGGGCCGCUGCCCUGUUAGCCAGUGGUCCUUUGCACUGGUGCCCUCAGCGGCGGCUGGCACAAUUCCCUAGGCCGCGGCAGCUGCCGGCCGGCCGAGCCUCGCAGGGGCAGAUGGCAGGCAGACAGCCGCCGCCGGCCGCUGCAAGAUAA